GUCCCGGCGGCGUCGCCGUCCCCCGCGCGGGGCUGAAGAAGUUGGUGCCUCCCCCGGAUUACAGAGGAAUCAUCUUCCCGGAGAAGGCGAAGUUGAAGUUUUUAGACAAGGUCCCAUCGGUGCCCAAGGUCCGUCGGGAGCCGCGACGGCUCCGUGAUAUCCGCGGGCCAUCCCGGGAAGCUACGGACUUCAUCCAGGGGCAGUAUGGGAUCCUGGCUUUGGGCGGGGGCUACCUGCACUGGGGCCACCUGGAGAUGAUCCGCCUGACCAUUGGCCGCAGCAUUGAUCCCAAAUCCAUGUUUGCCGUGUGGCGCGUUCCCGCCCCGUCCAAGCCGGUGACCCGGAAAAGCUUGGGACACCGGAUGGGAGGCGGGAAAGGGCCCAUCGACCACUAUGUGACACCAGUGAAGAGUGGGAGGCUGGUGGUGGAGGUCGGGGGAUGCUGCCAGUUCGGGGAGGUGAGACCUUUCCUGGCUCGGGUGGCCGAAAAACUGCCCUUUCCCGCCAUUCCUGUCAGCCGGGAGAGUCUCCAAGAGAUGCGUCGGGAAGAGGAGGAAAAGAGGCUCAACAACCAGAAUCCUUGGACUUUUGAGCGUGUGGUUACCUCCAACAUGUUGGGGAUGAGGAAGUACCUGAGUCCCUAUGACCUGCGGCAUAAGGGGAAAUAUUGGGGCAAGUUUUUCCUGAAGCACAGAGUGUAA